UCUCUCUGGGUGUAGAUGACUCUCUUCAUCACUGAACAAAUCGAAUUGGUUCGAAUCAUCUCAUUGUUGAAGAGAUCCAAGUCCAUCAGAAUUGAUCAUCAUAUAGUCUUGUUGUUACCAUGUAUAAUGAUCUCUUGGUUCUGCACAUUUCACUUAGCAUCAAUUCAUGUAAGUUUCUCCAGGUUUCUCUGACAUCAUCUUGUUGGUCUGAAAACAUCAUCAUUACAGAACAAUAAUAUCCCAUAACAUUCAUAUACCAUAACUUAUUCAGCUAUUUUCCAAUUGAUCAGCAUCCAUUCAGUUUCCAGUUUCUUGCCACUACAAAAAGGGCUGCCACAAACAUUUUUGCACAUGUGGGUCCCUUUCCCUCCUUUAAGAUCUCUUUAGGAUAUAAACCCAGUAGGAACACUGCUGGAUUGAAGGAUAUGCACAGUUUGAUAGCUUUUUGAGCAUAGUUCCAAAUUGUUCUCCAGAAUGGUUGGAUCCAUUCACAGCUCCACCAACAAUGCAUUAGUAUCCCACUUUUCCCACAUCUCCUCUAGCGUUCACCAUCAUUUCUUCCUAUCAUCUUAGCCAAUCUGAGAGGUGUGUAGUGGUAUCUCAGAGUUGUCUUAAUUUUCAUUUCUCUGACCAGUAGUGAUUUGGAGCACUUUUUCAUAUGUCCACAAAUAGUUUCAAUUUCUUCAUCUGAAAAUUGUCUGUUCAUAUCCUUUGACCAUUUAUCAAUUGGGGAAUGCUGGCCAUGGAUCUAUGUAGCAAAAUCAUGAACAGGUGAAAUUUACUUUUGACAUCCUAGCUAGUUUCCAAGAGACGGAUGUCAAAGGUAGAUUUUAGUAAGUAUUCCUUAUUAAGAGAUAAUUAAAGUAAAAGGGAAUAAAGGUGGAACUCUUUCAGAAGCAUCAUUCACUAUUUCUGUCUUAUCGAGUAUUACUGCUUAUGCCAAAUGAAACUGGCAUACUUUGUAGAAAGGAAUACUUUGGAUUUGAUCAUUUGUUGAGUACAUUUGUUGUUGUUGUCACUGAAAUAUUAGCUUCCUUUUUCUUCCUUAGUAAGAAGAACAUCUCAUCUUUUAUGUUUAGGUUAGAGAAAAUGGAUACAACAAAUUCAACCAAAUUGAAUUCGAGGAAAAGGAGGAGAGAAUCGACUGGACCUAAUGGGGCAACAGAAGAAGAUGGGGUUCUUGCCAAAAUACCUCGCAGCUUUGGCUUAAAGGAGCCAGCCCCAUUUUCAGAUGAAGUUGAAAUUGACUUCAGUAAGCCUUAUGUCAGAGUAACUAUGGAGGAGGCCAGAAGAGGGACUCCUUAUGAUCGACCUGUAAGGGUUUAUGCUGAUGGCAUAUUUGACUUAUUUCACUCUGGUCAUGCCCGGGCCCUGAUGCAAGCAAAGAAUCUAUUCCCUAACACGUAUCUUAUUGUGGGAGUUUGCAGUGAUGAACUGACACAUAAUUUCAAGGGCUUCACAGUGAUGAAUGAAAAUGAACGCUAUGAUGCAGUUCAACAUUGCCGCUAUGUGGAUGAAGUGGUGAGAAAUGCUCCUUGGACAUUAACACCUGAAUUCUUGGCAGAGCAUCGGAUUGAUUUUGUAGCCCAUGAUGAUAUCCCAUAUUCUUCUGCUGGGAGUGAUGAUGUUUACAGACACAUCAAAGAAGCAGGCAUGUUCGCGCCAACACAGAGGACAGAGGGUAUAUCCACAUCAGACAUCAUCACCCGCAUCGUUCGGGACUAUGACGUAUAUGCAAGGCGGAACCUGCAGCGUGGAUACACUGCCAAGGAACUCAAUGUCAGCUUCAUCAAUGAGAAGAAAUACAAUUUACAGGAACGUGUAGACAAAGUAAAGAAGAAGGUAAAAGAUGUAGAGGAGAAGUCAAAAGAAUUUGUGCAGAAGGUGGAAGAGAAAAGCAUUGACCUCAUUCAGAAGUGGGAGGAGAAAUCCCGAGAAUUCAUUGGAAACUUCCUGGAAAUGUUUGGUCCAGAAGGAGCACUGAAACACAUGCUGAAGGAAGGAAAAGGCCGGAUGCUUCAAGCCAUUAGUCCCAAGCAGAGCCCAAGCAACAGCCCUACUCGUGAACGCUCCCCUUCUCCCUCUUUUCGAUGGCCCUUCUCUGGCAAGACUUCUCCACCAUCCUCCCCAUCAAACCUCUCGGUACACAAGGGUGUUCAGUAUGACAUAAGUGAAGAUGAUGAAGAGGAUUAAUUUGCCAGCCCAACUCCCUUCUUCCUUCCUCUGUCCUCCAGCUGUCUUUUGAAUUCCAAAUUGUCAACUCAAGGAUAGUUGUAGGCAAGGGAAGGAGGACCUGGGACAGAGAUCAAAAUAGCCUGUCCUCCAAAAGGCAUCACUUUGGGAAGCAGAGGAGGGACUGCCUUAGAUGCCUCUCUUCCAUUCCCCUGCACCAGCCUGUAGGAGGACAUUGCUUUACUGUUUGCAUUCAGAUAAUCUUGAAGGGAAAAAUAAUAGUUUUAUUAAUUAAGAAAAUAGCCUUUUAAAUGUAAUAAGUGGAGCCCCAACUAGGAGAGGAAAAAGAGAAUUGUUUCCAGAGGCCUUCCUCCCACCCCCACCCCCAAUCACUAUAAUUUUGUUUCUGCUCUGAAGCAGACUGACUUGCCAAGUUUUUACACCUGAUGUGAGCCAUGCCAGAUGUGGUUUAGGGAAAAUGAUGUGAACUUCCUUAUUUUUGAUUUCCAUUUUUUCUUUUCUUUUUUUUUUUUCUUUUUCUUUUUUUUUUUUCUUCUUCUUCUUUUUUUUUUUUUUUUGGAAGGCAAAGCUGACCUCCUGAAGUCACAAAUACCCUAAGCUGGUUGCUGGCAAAUGUGCUGAGGUGUAGUAAGGCGCUCUCAGAGGAGGUUCUCUGGGUUUGUUUCUUUUCACUUCUUGAGGUGGAUCUGCUGGAGAUAUAGCAUUGUGAUCUUUGAGGACAAUGAGUAGAGGGAUAAUAAUUCAUCAAACAGUUUCCCUGAAAUGUUAAUCUUUUUCAGAAAGUCAUCUCCAAUUUACCGAGCUGCCUAGGAGCCCUUGUGUGGGCUUUUGCUUCUUUUUCUCUCUGGCCUGCUUUUAGAGCACAGAGGAUACUGUGAUACUUGUGUAGGUGUGCACUCAUGUGUACACAUUGAUAUGCAAACUCAACUUAUAAACUGAAUUCCAGUGGAGAAACAGUCUUGAACCCAACCGUUCCCAUAUCUAGAACUUUACCUUGCUUUUACCAAAAAGGAUACCACUGCAAGUGUUUGAAGGCUUUCAGUGUGUUCUUUUAAUCCAUGUUCCCAUGCCCAUAUUUAAUGACUGAAGAAGAAUCUUUGGAGUUUGGAAACUGAGUCAAGAACCUGCCUCCCUUUCUUUGACAAUAGCCACACUCUCUCAUUGCUUUUCCUCAGAACUUUCUUGAACUUGAUUAGUACUCCUGAUCUCUUCCUCCGCUCUGAGAGACAGAGCAAACAGAGACAGUUCACCUCUUUUUGCAAAACCAGACCCCAAAUUCCUUUCCCAAGCGUGUGACCUGAGUUAGGUGCAGCCCUCACUGGCUCCCUCCCACCCACCAUUCACCUGGGCCUGCCUCAGGGGAAUGCCCCUUGACUCCUGUCCCAAGGAAUGCAGAUGCUUCAGGCUGUGCUGCUGCUGCUGCUGCUGCUGCUGCUGCUGCUGCGCAUGUACCUGCUUCUUAGCUUCACCAUCCUGCCUCCUCAACCAAAUGGUCAGCAGAGCAGCUGCUAGUACCCCAGUGCUCACCUAGUGGGCCCAGGGGAACGACUGCUUGUGUCUGGCUCUGCUCGGUUGCUUAUCAGUGCCCCUUGUGGGGGUGGAGUUUUAGUGUUUUCAGCUUCGAAAACCACAAAUUGCUUUCUGUGUUUGUCCAUGUGUUGGGGCUGUUUGCCUCCCAUGGCCUCCCACAUGAAUGCUUUCUAAUAAAACCUGUUUUUUGUGCCUGCUAGAUGACAAGUAAUUGUCACAGGAUUUACACUGUAUUUACCAGCAAGGCAGCUAGAAUUCUUAAGAUUCAAGCUGCCUGGAGAGGCUGCUGGCAUAUCAAAGUGAAGGAAAUGAAAUAGAGGGAGAGUUCCUCUGUGUUCCCCUGUGGCUUAUGGAAACUGUGUUUCUGAUGAAGCGCCAUUUUUAUUCUGGAGCUUUUUGGUUCUAAUGAUCUUUGGUUUGGGAUCCUCUGUAACAUUUAAAAUCUAUGCUAUGCUGCUUCAUGGCUUCAUUUGAUCAAGUGUUCAUUUAACUUCUUUGCUUCAGCCAGGCAGGCUACCCUUGUUAGUGAUACUGUUUUUGUCUAGAACAUUCUUCCUGGUACAGAUUUUAUAUUUUUUGAGACCAUAUUUAAAAGCUGAUGGUGUGGGGGAGGUUACUGCCGAAAUCUGUCCCCAAGGUGUUUUAUGGUAUGGAAUGCCCUAAUAUGUUAAGUUUACAAUUUCUUCUUUAAAUGUGUAUCUAUCCACAAAGAGAGACUUUUAGAAUAUGGUUUGUCCUCCUUUCAAUUGUUCAUCAGAAGUGUAUUGACUUUGGAGUGUUAGCAGAUAAGACUUACUUCUCUUUGCUAAUAACUGUUGGAAUACUCUGUUGAGAUAUGCCCCAUCCUUAGCAAGUAACCUCUAGGCAAAUUGUUUAGCUACAAAUUGUAAAGGCUGAGUUUGUGGUCAGCAGCUAUCUUUUGACCUGUUUCAAGUGGACACCAUCCAAAUACCAGAUAGCUUUUCAUGAGGUUGAUUCCUUUUGUGGCCAGAAAUGUUUGUCUGGAUAUCUUAAAGUAUACCUUUCAGCAGGUUUGCAUAUGAGGAGAGGGAAACUAAGAAAGGAAAAUAAUUGAUUCCACUGGAACCAUGCCUCUUCCACUCUUUACCUAAUUAAAUCAAAUUAGAGGGGAGAACUUUCUGUACCAUGAUUGCUCCUUUCUUUAUGAAGGGGUAAGAUUGUUUCUCAAUAUCCAUGUGUCAGUGAAAGCAGUAGGUCCAAAUGAGAUAGAUAAGAUACACAUAGCAUAGACUUGAUAGAGGGUUCAAAGCUAGAUAAUAGUCUGCAGGUUAGAAAGAGGUGCUGGUGGCAGUCAUAGAUUAAGGAUGGGACAGUUUAGUAGUGGCCUGGACAGAAUAUAUACUUUCUGCUUUGCAAAGUUAUUAAUCACCACAACAGUGAGGAAAUGAGAUGUAAAAUUUACAUGAAAAAAUGGAAGGGGAUUAUUUCUCCUGUUUUGUUUGGCCUCUCCUGAGAAAACAAAAAUCAGACCAUAAUUAGAGGCUCAGGUGAGAAUAUGAGCCAGAGUGUUCUGUAAAUUAUGGAGAGAGGGAAAAAAAAAUCUACACAUAUCAUUAGGAAAGGGAAUAGGUAACUUCUUUCUCCACCAUAAAAACACAUUAGGUUAUACCAUAUUUAAUUUUUUUCUUUCUUUGCCUGGGGCCAAACACCUAGCAAAUAAGCAUUGAUGGGGAUUCAUUUCUGUUGUACUUCUUCACAGCCUUUUGUUCUUCCAUCUUUAGAUUAUCUUGAUCUAAGUAUGACUUCCUCCAUAAAGGAGUUUGAUGCUUUUUAGGACCUUACUAUAGAUUUAUUCCCCACAGUCUCUUCAAAUCAACUACAUUUGCCUUUUUAGUCCUCUCAAAAGCCAUAGCUCUCAAGAAUUUUCUCUGUAUACAGUAUGAUAGGGAGCCUGACCAGCGCAGAUGGGAAAAAAAUAAAAAGAUUGAUGUUUUGUAAGUAAUUGUAUUUUUUUUAAACUCAUCAAUAUAAGUAUUUCUAAGAAUGUAUAUUUUUCAGAGUCAUAUCACAAUAAUUUGUACUUUUUUUCCUUCUCUUGCAGAGCAGGUUGUCAUGGGAUACAGAAUGGUCCCUACUAGCUGUUUUCCUGAUUAAUAAAUGGAAUAUGGUCUUGGGGUUAUGAUAUUAGAAUACUAAUUUCCUUUUUAAAAAGCCCAUAACACAGCAUUUUCUUUCUGCCAAAGUCUUAGAUAGGUUUUUGCUAGAUAGGGACAGGAAGGUAAAAAGUGAAAGACUCUGUUUUAUAUUAGGAUCCAAGUUGAAAUGACUCAGGUUAAGUUCAUUCAGAUUGAACAUGGCCUUCCUGACCCCAUAAACAAAGAUUUUUCAUCUUAGAUUGUUUUGAGGUUGAAGCUCCUGGGGGAAAGGAAUUGUCUUGAAAAGAAACACAGAUCUUGGCAUGAAUGUUAACUUUAUCAAUAAUGCCAUAGAACCCAAAGGAAAGUUUUUCUCCAUCGGUGUGUAGUCUAUCAGUCUCUGUCUGUGUGUUGUUAAUCUGUUCAGAGUUGUUUUGGCUUUUGUCAUUUAGCCAAAUAAAUGCAAAAUGAUUUUAACCAA